AUGUCAGAAUUUAAGACGCCCGUUAAAAAAGCUGUGUGCAAUGGGAGCGACAAACAAGAAAUAUCUAUUCCACCUUCGCCUUUCUUGAAUCGCCUCGGUUAUGGCACUGGAGUUUCCGUAAUGCAACUACUUCGUUCCCCAAAAGCUGGUCAGUUAAGAUCACCAUGGGCCCUCAAGAUGCUAAAUAAACGUGUUAAACCGAAUAAAGUUUACACUGAGAGGCUGCAAGUUGAAGCUGAUCUUCUACAAAGAAUGUCUCAUCCUAAUAUUGUGGGCUUCAGAGCCUUUAGUAAGACAAAGAUAUUGUAUUUAGGUAUGGAAGCUUGUGACCUAUCCUUAGGAGAUAUGAUUGAGAAAAGAGUGGAAGAAGGAUGUGAUCCAUUUCCUCCCAAGUCUAUUUUAAAGGUUGCAAUGGACAUAGGCAAUGCCCUUGACUAUCUUCACACGAAGAUGAAAAUUCUACAUGGAGAUAUGAAAUCAUACAAUAUAUUAGUAAAUGGAGAUUUUGUGAUAUGUAAGCUAUGCGAUUUUGGAGUGACCUUACCAUUAGACGAAAAUGGAGUUUUUGAUAAAGACAAUGCUGGGAAAGCUGUAUAUUAUGGCACGGAAGCGUGGAGUGCUCCCGAAGUGUUACAUGGUGGUACCAUCACUAGUAAGACGGAUAUUUUCCCAUUCGGUCUCACUUUGUGGGAGAUGAUGUCGUUGUUACCUCCUCACACUAACAUCGAUCAAGACUUUGACAAGACAAUGGGCAGCUUUGAUGACAGUUAUGUUGAUAAUGGUUACGAGAUGUAUGGUACUCGACCAGCACUUCCAGCGAAUAUAAACAUAUCAGAGUACAGUGAUCCUAUAGCCCUCUUUCAAGCAUGCACAGAAACAGAACCAAAUUCUCGGCCCACUGGAUCUCAUAUAGCAUCUGUAGCAGAAACAAUGAUGAUUGCUGUGCAAUGA